AUGGGAGACGUGGAUAUGAGAUGUGGAUGGGAGACGGGGAGAUACGCAGACGCGGAGACGUGGAAUCAAGCUGCAUGGGGGAAGACGUUCGGGACAGAGAGCAAGCAUAAGGCGUCUCACAGUCCAGGCAGCGAAUAUAAGGUCCGGUGGCCCUUUCGUGAGUGUAAGACUCAACAAAAGAAGGAAACCAAGGAGGGCUACCACAUAUGUAAUUCCCACGAGGAAAGGGCAUUUUUCACUUCUACUAUAACAGCUUCUCACCAUACUCCCCAGGUAUUUUUUAUAGCUCGCGUGGUUGUCUCCCUGGGUGAGAGGGGCGCGGGCUCCCGGGCACAGAGAGCAAAUCUGCGCGUCAAGGAGAUUGCCAAGGGAAACCCCCUACAGUGUGAGUUUUGUAAAAAAGGUUUUUCAGAGAAAUAUCGUCUAAAAAUCAAUGAGAGUCAUAAAAAAGAAAAGCAUACGCUUUGCAAAAAGACUUCUCAGAAAAAUCAAACCCAUAAUCCACAUAGAGUACACAAAAGAGAAGCCAUAAGCUGGAGAUUUGCAAAAAGGGCCUUCUCACGCGAAUUGUCAAGAAACCCACAUGAGAGUACCAAAAAAAGGAAAAGCCAACGGGCUAUUUCUCAUAUAAAUCUAGCCAAAUACAACUAUAGAGUACAUAAAAGGAGAGCCAUCAUCUGUGAGUUUUGCAAAAAGGGGUUUUCACAGAAAGGUAGUCUAGUGGGACAUAAGAAUACAUAA